AUGUCGCUCCUUUUCAGUUUUCUGAUUAGCGUGUGCGGGGCCGAUGAAAUUCUGGAUCGUAGUGAUUGGCCGCAUCAUGUGAGUAAAAUCGUUCGUGGAGACAGGAAGUCGAUCACCAACUUUCCGUAUAUGGCUUCGGUAGGAGCGUUCAACUCGACGUCCCAAGUCGUCACCACUCACUGGUGCGGUGCUUCGAUCAUCGACCAUGAAUGGCUCCUGACCGCUGCCCAUUGUUUCCAAAAUCUCACACAGGCUGACUGGCAGCAAAGAGGCGCGCUGGUCGGAUCCGACUAUGUCGAAGGAAUCCCCGACGCCGGAGCGCAAAUGCUCCCUAUCGCGAAUGGUUAUGUGCACGAAGAUCGUAACAAUGACAUCUGCCUCAUCAAGGGAUGGGGAGAAACUCGACAAGAUUCGGGUCCGCGUAAGCCGUUGAUGGGUUUUGUGAUGCGAUCAAUUCCAAAAGCGGACUGCGUGUAUCCAAGGGGACUCUGCUUCAUCGAUGUCCGAAACGAUGCCACCGCGUGUUAUGGUGAUUCUGGCAGUCCGGUCGCCUACUAUGACAGCAAACGCCGCAAAUACGUGCAAGUAAGCGCGCUGCGUGGCAUUACCCCAGGAUGUGGAGCACCUACCACAAUCAUGUUUGGCGUUAACGUCAGCGAAUUUUGUGGCUGGAUUGCGCACACUACCGGAAAGAAGAUUUGUAUU